UUGCAGCAUUGAGCGUUCCUCCCCAGAUUUGAAAAAACAAUGCUGGCUAAGCUGCUGGAUAUUCAUGCAGAGACGCUUGUGAGCUUUCGUGAAGAUACAGGUCGUGGAAAUAGCUGAAGGAAAUGCCCAGAGGCUUUGAUUUCCCAACUGCACCCAGCAUGCUCCACUUUUGUGUCAUGGUGAGUUUCCUGUCAAUCGUCGAUGGCCAGUCGACAAAUCUUUCAUCCAAGAGAGAACGUCCCCUCACUAUCCAUCCGUCCCAGCUGGUCUGCAGUCUGCCAGGUCCUCCCGGGCCUGCAGGAAAUCCAGGAGCCCCCGGACAACCAGGGUCUGUGGGGCUGAUGGGACCACCGGGGCAGGAUGGGCCGGACGGAAGUGAUGGAGAGAAAGGAGAAAAAGGGGCCAGAGGAGAUCCGGGGAGAUCUGGCAAUCCUGGAAAGCCAGGAGUGAAAGGUCGUGAUGGAGUUAUUGGCAAAGCAGGACCUCGAGGACUCAAGGGGUUCCGUGGAUCACCAGGUGUGUCUGGAAAAGCAGGACAGAAAGGGGAGCUGGGUGACACAGGCCAACCAGGAGCUCCAGGUGGCUGUAGCUGUGGCCGCAAAGCCCGAUCAGCCUUCUCUGUCGCAGUGACAAAGAGUUAUCCCAAAGAGCGCAUGCCAAUUCGAUUUAGCCGCAUCCUGCUGAAUGAGGGGAAUCACUACAAUGCCAGCAGUGGGAAGUUUGUCUGCAUGAUCCCUGGAGUCUACUUCUUCAGCUAUGACAUCACACUGGCUAACAAACACCUGGCCAUCGGGCUGGUUCACAACGGGCAGUACAAGAUCAAGACGUUUGAUGCCAACACCGGAAACCAUGAUGUGGCCUCUGGUUCCACCGUUCUUCAGCUGAAGCUUUCAGACGAGGUUUGGCUGCAGAUCUUCUACUCUGAGCAGAACGGACUCUUCUUUGACCCUUUCUGGACUGACAGCACCUUUACUGGUUUUCUUAUUAGCCCUGAAAAUGAGUUUCUCAGUGAGGCAGAUGACAAAUCACAUGUGGAACCAGACAGUUGAUAAUGCAAUGCUAAUUUAUUUUUCAUUAGUUGAAUUCUAAGUGUUAAAGGAAACUCCAAAAUACUGUUCUCACCUUCUGACACCAGGGGGCGCAGGAGAGAAAAGUAUUGAAAAAUGACUUUCUUGAGAUUGCUGUCACAUUUAAAACUUUCAAAGUAAAACAAUUGCAUUAAUUACAUUUGAAAAAAUAUUUAAUUGACUAUCAUUUGUCAUACUUUUAAAUGUUGAUUUUACAGUAUUUGUGUGUGUAUUUUUUGUGAAGUUAUCACUAAGAGAGACCACACAUUGUACCUAGCCAGGGAAUCUAACAAAACCCACAGCAUGUAGGGGCAGGUUUAUUCAGGAGUUUUCCUUUAAAUCUGAACUGAUGUCAGCACACUCUUUCUGUGUAGCACAAAUUCCCAAACAUUGUACUGAAGGAAAAGGUCAAAAGUAUUGUGAGAUAACUGUGAAUACAAGUGUGUAAAAUUAUAUUACUGCUCAAGUUUUUGUUUCAAUGUAUGUGAAACAAAGAUGUUUACUUGAAGCAGAUAAUGUAUAAAAUAGCAGAUGUAAAAAUGUUGUACUGAUAAACACAAACACACUAGGGAAGAAAAAGUUUCAACUUUGUAUUUUCUUUACAUCUGAUAUACCAUUAAUAGGAUUCAUCUUGUGCAUUUCCUGGUCAAAAAUGA